AUAGCAGUUGGAAAAAAGUUUGCCCACUUUCUCUCGACUUCAUUCAUUUCCAACAAGAUGGCGCGGACGCUAGCUGGUAUACUUGGUAUUUCCGGAGUGAUAUCUUCUUCAAGAGCAUUCUCUCCCACAGCUAAUACGAAUCUCGGUCAUUCAAGGCAGCGCCAUCAACGGGAAGCCGUCGUUCUUCAGUCGAUAUUUUACGACGACUUCGAAGGCUUUUCAGACUUUUCUCUGAAUCAAAACAGCCCUGACACUGAAAGCAACAACAAUAACAACGAGGCAACUCCCUCAUUGUCCGACACCGAUAUAUUCGCCAGUUUGAGAGCGCGGCAAGAUUCAUUGAAAGAGGAACAACAACGAAUAGAAGAACAGACGGAAAAAGCUGUGGAAGUUGAUCUGAUAGAACGCGAGCGCCUUAAUUAUAACUGGAACGAGGCGAAUUGCGUCAGCACUGUCCGCCUUACAAUAGAUGACUGGAUUCGUCGAAUGGCGGUGGACCUAUAUCCGAUGGUAGUAUGCGGAAGCUCGAGAGGAAAUUUGUAUCUUGGAAAUUUGGAUGAUGGAGACCAACUGGACUGUUUGGAGGGUGUUCACUCCGAAGAGAUUCACGAAGAUAUCCCCGACGAUGUUGCCCAAGCUUGUAUCCAAGCUUUGUACGAUGGCUACGAUGGAAAUGGUCCCUUUGCAAUUGCUAUGAAAAAGGAUCUCGUCGUGAGCUCUGGACGCGAGGGUGGGAUUUACGCAUGUACUAUUAUUGGCGAAGAAGUAGAUGUGGCCUCGGGUAGUCGCGGGGGAUCUGUCCGACAAACGAAGCUCAGGUUGCAGCGCGAGGGAAAAUUUCGGGGAUUGGAAGGAGGCACUGACUCCAAUGGAAAAUCCAUUCCUCCUCCGCUCAUAACAUCCUUGGUCUUCGACAAUCGGGGAACAUUGUGGGCAGGUGGUUACGAUGGAAAACUUCGAGGUUACAACCACGAAGAGUUUGACCUCGACGACCGUCCUCUCAUGUUGCGACAGAAAGCCCCCGACUUUGACAUUGACGUCGGAGCACCGAUCCUCGAUAUGAAUGUGGAAGAAGAAACAGGAAUCAUUGUCGUGACGACCCACACCAAAGGAGUCUUUCUUUAUUCACUCCACGACGGUCGCUUUUUGUUUCAUUGCAAUCCAUUUGCCCCAUCCAAGCUUCGCCAGAAUGCUUCGAUUUCUCAAAGGCAAUUUGCUCGCACAGCCAUGGCUGUCCUGACAAAUAAUUCCACAACUGCUCUCAAUGAAUCGGAUAGCGAUGCUGUACUCAUCAUCGGUGGGUCCUAUGGACACAUGUAUCAGAUCCAACUAUCUAUAGCAACCGACGAAAAGAAUCCUUCCCGCACUCUGUUAGUAACAUCGGAGGGAACGACAAAAAUUACUCCUAAGCACAUGGGACCAGUUGUGUGUUUGGAAUCACCCUCUCCAGGAUUAUUUGUUUCGGCAUCCCACGAUGGAACAAUGCGUGUUUGGGACUGUUCGGGGAGGGCUGAAGACGACGACGACGAUAACGAUAUCGAUGAUGACGACGAAACGAGAGCAGUAGCAGAAGAAUCAAAGGGGCCAAAGCCAAAGAUGCCAAAGGUGUUGUACGCUUUAUCGGGUUACAAGGUUUGGCUUGGUUCCGUUUUCGCCAAUGAGCGGAAACUCGUUUCAGACGGUGCCGACAAUACGGUAAUUGUUCAUUCCUUUGACGAAGACGAAGAUGCUAUCCUUCGGUCGCAACAAGAAGAUGACGAAGAUAACAACUUGGAUGACGAUUUCAGUAGUUUGGCUUGAGAUUUAUAGCUCAGGUAUGAUGGCAAUGAAGAGCAAGAUCUCUAUGGCACGAUGUCGCAACAGAAGCAAAACUACCUUUGCUUCGAAAUUUUUAUUUUGAUGUUCCUACAGGUAUUUUCAUGGGUUUACUUUUCUUGAGCUACACUACGAUAACAUGGCAAUUCUUUUUACUGUACCACUAAUAACAAUAAGAAAACUAAAUUUCGAAUUCAAAAUCCCUAAAAUCAUACGCUAGUCAUUGUGGCAAUUGCAAUGGAAUGCAUUACAAUGGAAUGCAUUACAAUAAAAUACAAUACAAUAAAAUACAAUACAAAAC